AUGGUUACGGUGGAGAUAGAUAGUGACGUAUCUCACCGCAUCCAGGUUGGCUGGUGUAGGUGGAGAGCAGCCACUGGGAUUUUGUGUGACAGGAGGUUCCCAACAAAAUUAAAGGGAAAAUUUUAUAGGGUAGCAGUUAGACCGGCUAUGUUAUACGGGACAGAUUGUUGGGCCAUCAAGAAAACACAAGCGCGCAAGAUGGAGGUAGCGGAGAUGAGGAUGCUUAGGUGGAUGUGUGGCCACACGAUGUUAGACCGAAUAAGAAGUGAGGUUUUUAGGGAUUGGUUAGGAGUAGCUAGUAUAUCAGACAAGUUAAAAGAGGGGAGGUUGAGAUGGUUUGGGCAUGUGAAAAGGAGGCAGUUGACAGAACCGGUUAGAGCAGUGGAAACCAUGAUAGUGGAAGGAAGGAGGAGUAGAGACAGACCCAAGUUGACUUGGGAUGAAAGACUUAGGCAAGAUUUGGUAGAAUUGCACCUCUCUGAGGACAUGGUUCAUGAUAGGAGUGCGUGGAGACAUAGGAUUAAGGUUAAGGACUUGUAG